AUGUCGACUGACGACAGCUAUGCCCCAAAGUCUCCGGACCUCUCUUCUUUUUAUUCAAGUGGCCCCACUCAAGAAGAGCUCCAUCAUCCACAGCCUGACAGUCACUUUAGCCCGGGAUACGAAUAUAAAGCAGAGUCCCCAACCUACGCCAGAUCUGCUUCCUUUUCUUCUUAUGUUCCACCAUCCUUAAAUUUUAACAACAACGGCGGUACAUAUGAUUCUAAGUACCGGCCACAAGUCGACUACGAGCAAGCAUCUUCACAACUAAGAUCUACAAGACCGGAAUAUCAAUCUUACCGGUCGCGACAUUCUUCAAUCCAAGACCCCUACGUCUAUUCUUCGCCAGACAAACGCCCGUCUUCUGGUAACGGAUUCGAGGAUACCUUUGCCUCUCCACACACACAGUCACAACACCACACUCCGGCGCGACCUGCGCCGUACGUCCAAGCCUAUCCAGAGCAAACUCCGCUUUCCAGCGCGGCUGCGUACGACAUAUCCUACGCACCACCAGUGGGAACUGGCACAGUAGAACGCGCUUCGACAUUCGGUGCUAUAGCUUUUGACACAGAUAUGCCUCCACGCAAAGCCGCGCCGCCUGCAGCGCCCGCUAUUGACCCAUCCCCCGUUCGAACCAAGUUUCCAACUGCCAGGAUUAAACGAAUUAUGCAGGCUGAUGAGGAAGUUGGAAAGGUUGCACAGCAGACCCCGAUCGCUGUGGGCAAGGCUCUUGAACUUUUCAUGAUUCAACUCGUCACAAAAAGCGCCGACGUGGCCAGGGAGAAGGGUUCCAAGAGAGUCACAGCACCAAUGCUCAAACAUGUAGUCGAGGCCGAUGAGCAAUGGGAUUUCCUUCGUGACAUUGUCAGUCGCGUCGAGAACGAGAAGGAGGGUAGUAGAUCAAAGGCCAAGCAGGAGAGUUCAAGUGAUGAGGAGAUUGAAGAGCCCAAGAAGAGAACACGCGGCGGCAGAAGAAAGAAGGCACAAUGAUCUGCUUUCGAUGCGGAGUAUUAUAUGUUGUCUUUGCAAGGUUUGGGAUGCGUCAUGAGGGAUAAUGAUCAAAUGGCAGGCGUUUAGGGGGACUCGCAUCGAGCCGGAGUUUGGCGCAUUGAAGACAAUUCAUCGCAUGGACUUUUGGCAUACUGGGUAUUUUAAACGCUUGCGCGCACUGGCGCGCUUGCGGACUGGUGCAAUAUCAAUUGCUGGUGCUGCAAAGCAUCUUGGCGAGUACGUUAGCAUAAUUACACGGCAAUUAAAGCAAAGGGACGGCGGCCAAAGCUGUCACCUUGUCACUUACUGGCUACUAAAUUAUGAAAUCC